AUGGCUGAUACCAUCAGAGAAUCUGAGAGAGUGCAGCUGGGAUUACUUGAGGAUGCUAUCUGCGUAGAGUAAUGGGAGUGAGGAUACCAGCAGACCAACGUGCUCAGCAGGCAACCUCCCUUCCCUACACUCCAAAGGAUCAGAUUUCUGGAUUGCAACAGAAGGAUGCAGCAGAAGGAAGACUGAAAUAUUACCUGGACCUCGAGAAAGAGCCCUACUCAGAAGAAAGGAAGAAAGAUACACAAGAAGCCUUACAACUGGUGAGCUACUUGGGCUUCAUUGUGGAGAAUGAUUUCUGCUGUUUAGGACUGUGUGUAAGAGAUGACAGCUAAUACUACAUGUAAGUAAUCCACAAAGUUAGUUCCUAAAGGCAGCUCAAACAACUUUGGACACCAGGGGUCAGAAAGAACAAAGCAAGUUGUGUGGCAAUAGUGCUUGUGGCCAGGGAUGCAUGCAGAAGUGAAACACUGGGUUUUGGAGUGGGAGUUAUGUGUGGUAGCAAAGGGACCCUAUCAAGUGGGCGAGAACUCUCAAAGAUACCAAGCCAUUUGAAGUUCCGGCCAUAGCUAUUGUACAACUGGAACCUGUGUACUGUAUGAUGGGCGAGAGAAUGUGUUGGUGCUGAGUGAUGUCUUCAACGUUCAUGGUAGCAAUCCCAAUCAGACACUAAAAAGCUGUUAAGGCAGUGUUCUCCCUUAAUUUUAGCUCAGCAGGUGAGGGACCAUUCAUAGCUGGUAAGGCAAAAAAUGUGCACCAGAGGUGCACUUUUCUGGGGGCAGGGGGUAGUGGAGUGUGGGACAUGGCCCCACCCUUGCUGGGAAAUUUAGGAACUAAGUUCUCUGAAACAUCAUUUCCUCUGCCUCCUGCUCGGGCCCUUCGUUUUUUGCAUUCCUAUCAAGAGAGAGACAUCUUGGUACGAGGCAGUCAUUCCCUCAUUCAAAGACCUGUUUUUACUCAAAUCUGCCGUCCAUACAUUCAUUCAUUUCCUUGUGGCAUGUGAGAAUCGCAUCAAAUCACAACGUGGGUAUUUCUUGAAAGUACUUCUUUAAUUUUAGUAAACCUUAAGGCCGUUGCAGGCGUUAAGAAAUGUUGCUUCAGGCAGGAAAUUUUACCGGUCACCACCUGAUAAGGAGAACACUGCUGCGGCCCUCAUUCAAGAGUGGUUCAUGGUUUAUGGAGUGUCCCACAAAGUCCACUGGGACUUGGAGAGAUUGUGAGAGAUACAACCACACCUUGCAUGAGCUGCUGCAAACCCUACCUGCUGAGAAGAGAUUGCCUGCGCAUCUGAAGGACCUCUGUUAUGCAUAGAACACAACACCACACUCUACGACUGGCUAUUCCCCAUUCUAUUUUAUGUUUGGAUGGAACCCUGGCAGCUGAUUGACUGGUUGGUAGAACUGGAAGAGACCCAAGGUAAAAGCAGCCAGAUUACAGACACCAAUGAGGGAAGAGAACCACACAUCAGUGAGCAAAGAACCACGGAGAGACUGGCAAAGAAAUCUGAGGCUCCCAAAAAGAGGCAAGACAGGCAGAGCAAAACAAAACCAUCACCCAAUGAGGCUACAUUAGUGUAA